UGUUCCGUGCUAUCCGCACGGCAUUCCCUAACGGAGCUCGUCAGUGUGCUCCGUGUUUCCAGGGCCUCUUCAACGUCGCUCAUUACGGCGUUUCGGCUUCGAUCACAUUUGUCGAACUAGCUCGUUCCCACGGGCUCGAGAUUCUUCAAUAAAGUUUCUGUAAAUUGGCGACUUCCCAACUUGGAAAUCAGUAGCGGCCAGAUUCCAGCCAGCCAUUUUGAUUCGUAGACCCACCAGCACCAACUAUUCAUCAUGACAGUUGUUAGUAGAUCUCUUCCCUUCUUCCGGCGAGUUAUGUCCACGUCAGCAGCACCGCCACGUCGGAAAGUGACGGUUCUGGGAGCGGCUGGCGGUAUCGGCAAUCCGCUGAGCCUGUUGCUAAAAAUGAAUCCGCUAGUAACGGAUCUGGCUCUGUAUGACGUCACGGGCAUGCCUGGCGUAGCAGCUGACCUCAGCCAUAUCUGCACCCGAACCAAGGUCAGCAGCUACCUCGGGCCGUACGAGUUGCCGACAGCGCUGCGGGGGUCCGACGUGGUGCUGGUGCUGGCAGGAGUGCCGUACCGCUCGUCAAUGAAGGACGUAGACCGCUUCAACAUGAAUGCUGGAAUUGUCCGUGGGCUCUGUGAAUCCGUCGCCAAGUACAGCCCAGAGGCCGAGAUAGGGCUGAUCACGAACCCCCUGAACGCCACGGUGCCCAUAGCAGCAGAGGCCAUGGCGCGAGCAGGGAAGUACGAGCCUAAGAGGCUGCUGGGAAUCACGUCUCUGCACACGAUGCGAGCCAGGACUCUGCUGGCUGAGACAACGGGGCUGAAGGGCACAGACCUGUUUGUGCCUGUGGUUGGAGGCAACCGAGACAGCACAAUCGUUCCUCUAUUCUCGCAAGCCACGCCGGCCAUUUCCCUGUCUGAGGAGGAGCGGGCGAGGCUGGUGCGGCGGGUGAGGGAGUGCGGCAUGCAGGUGAUCAGCGCCAAGGACGGCAAAGGCUCAGCCAUCAUGGCACCAGCUUUUGCGGCUGCCGCCUUCACAAACUCGCUUCUGAAGGCUCUAAAUGGGGAAGCUGUUAUGGAGUAUGCCUACGUGGCCUCAACUGUUACAGAUGCACCAUUUUUUGCUUCGAAGGUACAGCUUGGUCAGGAAGGGGUGGAAGAAGUGUUUCCACUCGGGGACUUAAGCCGUCAUGAAGAGCAAGAGGUUGAGCGUGCUGCAAGACUAAUAAAGGAAGAUGUUCGCAAGGGUAUGGAGUUCAUGUCCUCGAGAUGACAUUAAUUUUUGUUGUCUAAGAAGAUUGGUAAGGCAUGGCACUUCUUCCCGCUUUCAGCAUGUGCUGGGGAAUCCGCAUAUCGAGGACGGAAACGGUUGAACCACGUGUCGAACGGCGUUGCUGGAUGUGGUUGCGUGUCACUGAGUGCUUGGGAUUCGCAGAGCCAGGGUCCUAGAAUAUACUCGAGGUGAAUAUCCCAAUCUGGGCAUGAUGGAAAAUAUAAUAUCCAGCCAGCA